AGCCAACCUAUGCAGCAGCUUUGAGUGGCUUAUGGACUUGGACCCCUGGAUCACUGUGAUGCUCCACACUUUCAAUAGUCUGACCACUAAUACUAUAUUCUACCAUCAUAUUUGACCUAGCAAAAUGAACUACCUAACACUUAUCUGGGCUGAACUGCAUCUGCCACUUCUCAGCCCAGCUUUGCAUCCUAUCGAUGUCCCGCUGUAACCUCUGACGGAUCCUCCACACUAUCCACAAUACCUCCAACCUAGGUGUCAUUAGCAAAUUUACUAACCUAUCCCUCCACUUUCUCAUCCAGGCCAUUUCUAAAAAUUGCUAAGUGAAGGGGUCCCAGAACAGAAGCACUAAUCGUCGACUUGUAUGCAGAAUACGUCCCAUCUGCAACCACUGUUUGCCUUCUGUGGAUAAGUCAAUUCUGGAUACACAACGCAAGGUCUCCUUGGAUCCCAUGCCUCCUUACUUUCACAAUAACCCUUGCAUGGGGUACCUUAUCAAAUGCCUUGCUAAAAUCCAUAUACACUACAUAUACUGCUCUACUUUCAUCAAUAUGUUUAGUCACAUCCUUAAACACUUCAAUAGGGCUCGUAAGUCAUGAUCUUACUUUGACUAUUCCUAAUCAUAUUACGCUUCCACAAAUGUUCAUAAAUCAGGAUCUCACAGGAUCUUCCCCAUCAAUUUCCCAACCAGUGAAAUAAAUAUCGUUGGUGUAUAAUUUCCUGGGCUCUCUCAAUUCACUUUCUUGAAUAAGGGAACAACAUCCGCGAAACUCCAAUCAGUUAAUAUCUGUCCAGUAAAGAUAAACAAAACCUGCUCUUACAGGUAAUUUAAAGUAGAAAAGAGAGAAUUCUGGAAACUUACAGCAGAUCUGCAGCAUCUUGGAUAGCCCCAGAUCUGAAACUGUGUCUUCACCAUUUCCCCUUUCACAGAUGUGGCCUGAUCUACUGCGUUCCCAGCAUUUUCCAUUUUAAAAUUUUACAUUGAGUUUCUGCAACCCUGAGGGAAAUGUCACAGCCAACUGUGCUGUGCAAGAUCCCACACAGCAAGAAGAUAGUGAUCAAAUGUCCACAGUUUAGCUGCUGGAGACAAGCUGAAGUGUAUCCGCAUCCUCCCACAAUCUACAGACCGGUGAACCAUCCUGAGCAACAGCGCAGGCAGAAGACCCUUAGGUUAGGUUCCCGUCCCACCUCAGUCUGUGAAUCGAAAAUGGCAGGAACACAACGUCAAAUAGCCGGCAACAAGUCGUCUGUGUCUGGCUGAUAAUCAGACGUACGGGAACAGACAGAGGCCGGCAGACGUAUGGAGACCGAAGGGAUUGAAGAAAUGAGGAUCGGGCACAAACAUGUGGCUGAGAUUGAAGAGCUGCCGUCAUCUUGUUGAUGGUUUAAGGGACAGAAUGGCCACCUCCUCCUGUUUCUCACUUGAUGUUUCACUGUUCCUGUCCAGUGAGGCUCCGGAGGAAUGUAAAUAGAAACUAGUGUUUAUAAACAUAGAAGUGUUUUCAAUUAAACCUGCAUAACUCCUGUUGGAGUGGGAAUUCUGUAUCGGACCGGGAUGAGAAUUGAUCCCGUAACUCUUAAGAACCGGGUGGUGGAGUGAUCGGGACAUGGAAGAUGCAGAGGGAAAAAAUGAAAAUAGUAGUUGGUGUAAGUACGAAAUAAGGUGUAAAAUGCGGCAGGUAGGUCGGGCAGCGUGUAAAACCGGUUCAGAUGGGAGACCCUCCUCCCGUCACAUGAUCCUGUUUCUCACUCCCAUUUCAUACGCCAAUCUGCAGCACGUGAGGGUUCCACCGUCGAAGCUCCGCCCCCGCUCUCACAGUCCCCGGAUGGGCGGUGGUUUUCUUUCCGUUCUCCGUUGAAGCGGAUCAUCGGCUGGGAGCCGGAGGACCGAUCUCUGUCUGGGGAACAAUUUGAUCAAGUUCUCAUCGGUCAGUAUUGAGGCCGGUCACUCGGGGUGAACGCGACCGACAAUUUCCCAACGAGAAACAAAAGCUGAUCACACUUGUCCUCACAAUGGGUCAAUGCGCGGGCAGGGGAGGACUUCCAGUGCCUUCAACAUCGGGAAAGGACACGGGUCCGGGCUCAGUGAUCAGCGAGCUCCUGGCAAGCUGGGACGAUUUCCAGCUGCUGCAGUUGACGGACUUCUACCGGGACAGGCUGGAGCAGGCGAUGGAAGGACGGGUUCCCGGAGUGAGCCUGGCGUUAAAGGCUGAGAAACAGUUCAGCAGAGAGGAACAUCGGAAAAUCUCUGAUCUCGCUGAUAAGGGAGAGCGGGCGGACAGUUCUAAAUUCCUCCUGAGCCUGGUGAUGGAGAAAGGCUCCCACGCCCGGAGGGUGAUGUGGGAAACCUUUGUGAAAAUGUGGAAUGAUGUUCCAAUGUUGGACAAAAUACUGAACGAAAUACUGAUAUAUGGUUGUGAUCCCUCCCAUCGAUCAAAUACCGCUCAAGGUUUAAUCAAGGUUCUCAGUGAGCUAAAAGAUGUUCAACAGAAACACAUGGAGACUCUGCGGGCACAAACUGAAACACUGAGAGUGAACACGAUCCUGGUGAGGGAGAAGGUGAAGGUUUUCCAGCUGGUUGAUCGAUACGCUGAGAAAUCGUCAUUUCUGCUGUUCGAGAUCGGAGACUGGUUGAACAUGAGCUGCUGGCAAGACGCAGAGACCACGAGCGUUGGAGAGAGAAACAUCUCCACGGAGAGAUGGAAAAAAUCCAGACUGAUCAGUUAUUCCAGAGCAGCUUUUCCCGAAGUAAAUCCGAAUCUGGGAGAUCAGCAGCAGUGGCCGGAGUCGCGGGGAUUGGGAAAACAACAAUGGUACAAAAGAUUGUUUAUGACUGGGCCACGGGGAAAAUAUUCCAACAAUUCCGGUUUGUCUUUAGUUUCAAAUUCCGGGAGUUAAACUCCAUUAACUGCAGAAC